ACUGUAUUUUCUAGCGGCUGCAGCCCUUUGGGCUUGAUCGGGCUGCUACUGAAGCUAAUUUUGCGGUUUGGCCACCAAUCCCAGUGGCUUUUAGAAAGAGCCAAAAAGAAGGACCCAAACUUUGACAACAGCCUUAAAAUACGCCUGUAGCCUACUAACGGUCUCAAAAGAUGUGACACACAUUACGAAUCAACCCCAUAAAUCCAUCCCCCCCGCAGGAUUUAUUCUGACUGGAGCGGAAGCUCCCAGCGAAGAAGUUCCUCAGAACCCAAUCCCCCGACCCAAACCAAGCCGCCCCUCAACCGCCCUGCCGUCAAAACGAACUACUUUUGGGCCAAGCCUUUCUUUCACGUCCCCGCUCCUCCCGGGCAAACUUCCAGAAGAACUGAAGAGGCGGGAGGGAGGCGGCUCUUUCAAGCUUUAUCCAAACCCCUCCCGUUGCCUCCUGGUUUUACCGCGGUGGCACCCAGCCGGGGCCGGGGCCAGCGGGCGCGGAGGCCGGCGACAGGCCCCCCGCGGCGACCCAGGCCACAGGCCGCCUCACGGCGCCGCCGCCUCGGCCCACCGGCCCCUAUGACAUCAUCGGGAGGGCGCGGGAUCGAUCCCCCCCCCCCCGCCGCCGAAGGGCUCGGGCGCCGCGCUCCCUCCGCCGCUGCCGCCCGACGCGCUGAGGGGCAACGCCGGCCCCGCUACGGACGGAACAGGCUUACAUUAAAAUUCGUCACUGUCGCCGUGCAGCGCGCUGACAGUUCUGCGCCGGCUUUGGGCUGAGCGUUGAGGAGCCGCUUUACUGGCUUGCGACGGGGGGGGGGGGAGGCAGCGGAGCCCGGGGGGAAGGUGCGCUGCCCUAACGAACGGCCCCGCGGCAAAGACGCCCUCCGCGAACCACGGUGCUUUUUUUUUUUUUUUAAGGAGCCCUCCCUGGCUCAGGGGUUAGGAAGAAGGACUUCACCGGGUGGGAAUCGGGAGGAAAGGAAACGAGCCGCCGCGAGCGGGAGGAUCCCAGCGGCGGCAGCUGAAGAAACCGCCCGCCCGGUCCCUCUCCUGACAGGCUGCGACGUGCACCGCGGCGGCCGCUUCCUAGCCCCCAUUUUAAGCGAAAGGGGCGGGAGGGGGAGUUCAAAGGCAUAAACAAGGAGCGCAGGACCUAAUUCCUCCCCCUGCCUUUCCUCAAGCUAGCUUGCCCAGGCUCGCCAAUAAAUCCAGCCCGGCUAUGCAUCGCAAUGGGAACGCGCUGCCGCGGAGGCUGCCUUCCCCUCACUGAGGAGGCGGCUGCUGCCGCCGCCGCCGGCGCCGCUGGUGCCGAAGCUGCCUUCCCCUCACCGAGGAGGCUGCUGCUGCUGCUGCCGCUGAGGCUGCCUGCCCGCCACUGAGGAGACCGCUGCUGCCGCGGAGGUUGCCUUGCCCUCACUGAGGCGGCAGCAGCUGCCUUGCCGCCGCGGAGGCUGCCUUGCCCUCAUUGAGGCGGCCGGCGCUGCUGCGUUACUGGGAGAGAUUGUGCCGCUGCGACAGGGGAGGACGGGGCUCGGCGCGCAGGGAGGAGGCGCAGUGAGCAUGCGCUGCCCGAGCCACUGACUGGAUUCUCAGUCGAGGUACCGAGGGGGGGAGGAAAAAAAAAGGGGGGGGAAGAAAAAAAUAAAGAAAAAAGAAAGGAUUGAGAGAAAGAAGAAUGAAAGACGGCAGAGGAAAAUAAAAAAAAGGUUCUAAAAGAGACCGCCAGGAUACAGCAGCCCUCGGUCGGCGGGAAGGAGCAGCUCUGGCAUGUGGGGAUUCUCCGGCACCAACAGAUAUUUUGAUGGCAUGACAAAUCAGAAAGAAGAGGAUGUACUGUAUGACUAGACACAAGAUCAGUUCUGUUUGUGGAUUACAUUUUCAGUAAGAUGUAUGGAUCUAUUUUUUCCUUGUUCUUAUAUAUAGAUCAUGAGACUUGACUGAGGCAAUAUACAUAUCAUCCAUCCAUCUAUGGCGAACUACAGCCAUGCAGCUGACAACAUUUUACAAAAUCUCUCUCCUUUAACAGCCUUUCUGAAACUGACUUCACUGGGUUUCAUAAUAGGAGUCAGUGUGGUGGGUAACCUUCUGAUCUCCAUUUUGCUAGUCAAAGAUAAGACCUUGCAUAGAGCUCCUUACUACUUCCUGUUGGAUCUUUGCUGCUCAGAUAUCCUCAGAUCUGCAAUUUGUUUCCCAUUUGUUUUCACCUCUGUAAAAAAUGGCUCUACUUGGACGUAUGGGACUCUUACUUGCAAAGUGAUUGCCUUUUUGGGGGUUUUGUCCUGCUUUCACACUGCUUUCAUGUUAUUCUGCAUAAGCGUCACCAGAUACUUAGCUAUUGCCCACCACCGUUUUUAUACGAAAAGGCUGACCUUCUGGACUUGUUUGGCCGUUAUCUGUAUGGUGUGGACCCUCUCUGUAGCCAUGGCUUUUCCCCCAGUUUUAGAUGUGGGCACCUACUCGUUCAUUAGGGAGGAAGACCAAUGCACUUUCCAGCAUCGUUCCUUCAGGGCUAAUGAUUCCUUGGGAUUUAUGCUUCUUCUUGCCCUUAUCCUCCUAGCCACACAGCUUGUCUACCUCAAGCUGAUAUUUUUUGUUCACGAUCGCAGGAAAAUGAAGCCAGUCCAGUUUGUUGCAGCAGUGAGCCAGAACUGGACUUUUCAUGGUCCUGGAGCGAGUGGUCAAGCAGCUGCUAAUUGGCUGGCUGGAUUUGGAAGGGGUCCCACACCUCCAACCUUGUUGGGAAUCAGGCAAAACGCGAACACCACAGGCAGGAGAAGGCUACUGGUUUUAGAUGAGUUCAAAAUGGAGAAGAGAAUCAGCAGAAUGUUCUACAUCAUGACAUUCCUCUUUCUGACCUUGUGGGGUCCCUAUUUGGUAGCCUGUUACUGGAGAGUUUUUGCAAGAGGGCCUGUAGUACCAGGGGGAUUUCUAACGGCCGCUGUCUGGAUGAGUUUUGCCCAAGCUGGAAUCAAUCCUUUUGUCUGCAUUUUCUCCAACAGGGAGCUGAGGCGCUGUUUCAGCACAACCCUUCUUUACUGCAGAAAAUCCAGGUUACCAAGGGAACCUUACUGUGUUAUAUGAGGGAGCAUCUGUAAAUCUUUAGCCUUGUGAAACACUACCAUUCUCUGCUAAGCAAUUGUGGCCUGUAGCCAUGUCUUGACGAGAAAAUCAAGAAUGGGAUGUCAGCAGUUGUAAGGAUUUGGGCAACAUUCUGCAGUCUUUGCAAUAGCUCACCUCUAAUCCUAUUUUAAACCUAAACAUGUUCCUGCUGACCACUGCUGAAGGUUUGUAAUUAAGAACAAAGGACUGAACUACUGCCCUGAAUUCCUUUAUGUGGUUGAAAUCUAGAUUAUGAAAGUAGCAGGUGCUAAGUAUCAGUGCUAAAUGCUGUGUAUAUCACUACAUAAAAUAAGACCAUCAAAAAGAUUAGCAUUGGACAUCUUAAUAAAUUAAGUUGAUAUGAGGUUAAUGUGUUGACAAAACUAAUUUUAGACAUCUGAAGACCUUUAAAACAUUUCAUACAAUUAUUGUUUUGCAAAGACUGAAAACUGGGGACUCAAGUACUGUAACUGAUUAAAGAUGUGCCAUGCAUUAUUGGAUUAUCACACUUACAAAUCUGUUUGCCUUGUGAGUAAGUUUUGGGGAGCAUUCCAAAGCAGUAUUUUUGUUCAGAUUUAGACUUUACUUUUUUUUUCCAAAUAUAUUACUCUUUCUAAAUACCAUUUUCCUUAACAGUGAAAUUACUAACAUUUAACUGUAUUCUGUGGUUUUUGCUGAUUUGGUAUAAAGUUUAAUAGACUCUUAUUUAUAUUUUUUAAAAAGCUAGAUAUCAGUCUGUUAGGCAACGUUAAUGAUAAUAUCCAGUCAUAAUUGAACAGUUAUAAUUAUACAGAAUAAACACAUGUUGCCUUAAAGGGUUAUCUAGUAUCUUCCAUUUUGUUUAGCAUUGAAGCAAAUAAGCAAGGAAAAUUGAAUCAAUAACUCUGGUCAGUCAUUUGGGAGUGCAUGAAAGAUCACUUAGUCCUCUUUUUUUCUUUUUACUCCAAUGGUUCCCAAAAUCAGUAUGCACAUCACUGGGAUGAUAUGAUUUUUUUCUAGGUGUGCCGCCCUUUCUAGUUUGUUCUGAGAAACACAGGCAGUUGAUGUAUGUUUAUAUUUUAAGACAGCUGUCAUGGGGAGACCGCAGCCUUAGUAUGAUAUCUUGCACAAUUUGUGAAGCAUUUAUUCUACUGAAGGCACAGUCUUGUUUAUAUUUUCUGCACAUUUUGGUGUAUUGGUUGUUUUAAAUUAUUUAAGUUUUAACUUGUGAAAGCAUAUAAUAUGAUUUCUUAGUAUUUUAGAAAUACAUUAGAGUCUGUGAGUCUUUCCUUCUUUAAGAUACAGAUGUGUGGAUUUCAAUAUAAAGUUGCAUUUGCCAAAAUUUACCUGUGUAGCUUGUUAAUUUUCUUGGAAUAAAAUUUUACAUUUUUCCAGUUAUACAAUUAACCUUUUUUAUUUUGUCUAGUGAGCUAGCAUGAAGUACUGAGAAUGUAGCCAUUAUGAAUUAUUAUCCUUUGCAGUCACUGUAUUCCCAAACUGUAAAUGCAUGAAUGAUGGGGACCACAGGAUUGAUAAAUGAUAUUAUCUACAGUAGCACUAUUGUGUAGUUUAUCAUAAUUACCCAUCUAUCUGUUCUAAUAUGUCAGUUAUAUUUAAAGUUACAACACAGUAUUUGACAUUAACUUCACAGUUUAAUUUUGGAAAAUGUGUAUAUUUGAAGCACAACAUCAUGAGUUGGUCAAUCAUAAAGAACACGUAUUUUUCUUAAUUUUUGGAGAGACAAGACUAGAGGUCUUAAUUCAGUAUUGGUAUAUCUUCUCCUUUGUUGUAGUUUUAUGACCAGCAAGUUAAUAUAUACAUACACAAGCAGCAGUCAAUAAUGGAAAUGCUUAAAUUUGUAUGAUAACAUUAUACAACAUAUGCAACAAUUCAGAGAGUUGUGUCUAUAUGUGAUCAGACAACUUGAUCAAAGAUUUGGUGAGCAAUCUGCUUGACCUCACUUACACUCUUAUACUGAGGUUGAUUGGUUGAGAGGCAUGGCUUUAUAUACUGUGUUGAAACAGAAAAAUUGCUAAAAUAAUGAGUCCUCAUCAGUACAAGAAUGUUUCAGAACGUAAUUUGAAAUGGGACCAAUAAACUUCUACCAAAAGGACUUUUUUAUUACACUGAAAAAGGCUUGGAAAUUAAGGUAGUUAAGCAAUUGUCAAAGAUAGCAAGAGUGAAUAAAAACUGACUCGUAUGUUGAGAAAAAUUCUGAAAGUUAUCCCACUUAAGUUUAUUAAAAGGUUGAUUGGCAAUAACUUCAGUCUAAUUUCUAUAAAAUAGUAACCUUUACAAGGAACAUUGAUAUUACAUAUUGUAAUAAAGAAGUACAUAUAAAUAAAGUUGUAAAUAGUGUUAUAGUUGUAGAAGUAGUCGGUUCUGAAGAUUAGCCAGAAAAUUUUCAACUGUGAAAUUUCAAAAGCUGCAAAUCUGGGGCCUGACCUAACUCCUAAUAAAGUCAGUUGGUGUUUUCCCAUUAACUUCAUUUGGAGCAGAAGCAGGCCCUAACAUUUCUAUAGUACUAUGCUUCUGAAAUACUAAGAAGGCUGUAUUUACUAUGCAGUGGGAAAAGAAAAAAAAAAUUAAAAUUAUUUCCCUGGAAGUUUUGCAAGCAGUUACUGAUGUAAAUUAAAAUAAUAAACAGUAAACAAGUCUGAAAGCAAA